AGAUUCUCAUUAAGCAGUGCCGCUGUCUAACGAUCAGGCUGACACAUUAACAGGGUGUUUAAGAGGUGCAUGGAAAUUCGUGUGCAACUGGGUUGAAAUCAGGAGGAGCAGAGCAGAAAAAUUGCUAAGUGUGCAUUCCGAAUAGGGACCGUGUGUGUGUGUGUGUUUUUUUUUAAGAGCAAAGAAACUCCGAUGUGGAUUCCUUGGGUUGGACUGAGUGUGAAAACAGACUCUGGUUUCAAAACAGUUAAGAAACUACUCCCCUCAUCCCCAAGUCAUGCUCUCGGAGAGAUGGCACACUCUUGAAGGUUUCCCCCAGAUUUUGCACCCGAUUUUUGCUACAAAGUUCUCCCUCCUGCGCCGUCCUGAUCCUGCUUAGGAACACCCACUGCCUUGCUUGAAUGCAGGCUUCCCCUGACCUGGUGUUCUUCAGAUUUUGCAUGGGCUGAGCCCGAAGUUGGCAGAAUCCAAUAUGAAAGGCCGUGCCCUCUAAACAUCCGGAUUGCAUGCAGAAGUGGCAGUAAACUGUUACCUUUCCCACUGCAGGCAAUGUUUUACAUCUUCCGUGUUUGCUCAUCUUGGAGCCUAACCACACAGGCCAUCGAAUCAUUCCAAUUUCGUACUUUAGUUAUGUUGAGAUAUAUAUUUGUGUAUAGUCACAUGGUACAUGAACAAAACGUAUAAAAUGAUUUAGAUAACAGAAGAAUUGAUACCACGGUGGCUCUUACACUCCAUGUGGUUAGGUCCUUAGUCUCUGGGUCCUGUAAUUCAGAUUAUACCUUAGGUCGGAUUUGGUUCUUCUAACCAUGAGGGGAGGGUCGUUCUGAACAGGAUGACUUCUCACAUGCGAACUUGUCAUCAAAUGAGAAGCACUCCUGCGCUCGGUGAUUUAAUGAUGGAGCGUGAGGUUGUUUAAUGAUCAAUUCCUCGGUCCUUGUCGGUGGCAGCAAAAAAACUGACCCAAAGGUGUGAUCUCGCUUCAUUUUCUGUUCUUGAGGCGAUACUGGAACGUUGAUGUCCAUGGAGCAAGGUUCCCACCGUGAAAUGCCCGCUCCUUCAUCCCGGUUCAGCAUUCCCGAUGUGGUCGUCAUUGUGGCCUAUUUCGUCUUAAACCUGGCCGUCGGAAUCUGGUCUUCAUGCAGGGCAAACCGGAACACUUUAAGUGGCUACUUCCUGGGUGGAAGGAACAUCGCUUGGUGGCCAAUCGGAGCGUCUCUCUUUGCCAGCAGUGAAGGAUCUGGCCUCUUCAUCGGGCUGGCCGGCACGGGAGCUGCUGGGGGAAUAGCCGUGGCCGGCUUUGAGUGGAACGCCACCUAUGUGCUGCUGGCGUUGGCCUGGGUGUUUGUCCCUGUCUAUGUCUCCUCUGGGAUCGUGACCAUGCCCGAGUACCUCCAGAAGCGUUUCGGCGGCGAGAGGAUCCGGCUGUAUCUCUCCUCCUUGUCGCUUCUGCUGUCCGUUUUCACCAAGAUAUCCACAGACCUCUAUUCGGGAGCCCUCUUUGUCCAGGUCUGCUUAGGGUGGAAUCUCUACCUCUCCACUGUCCUAAUGCUGGUGGUGACUGCCGUUUACACCAUUGCAGGUGGUCUGACGGCCGUCAUCUAUACGGAUGCGCUGCAAACCCUAGUUAUGGUGGUCGGAGCCAUCAUCUUGACAGUCACUGCUUUCGACAAGAUCGGGGGCUACCACAACUUAGAAGACGCCUACAUGAAGGCGGUCCCAUCGAAAACCAUCCCCAAUGCCUCUUGCCACUUGCCGAGGCUGGACGCCAUGCACCUUUUCCGGGAUCCCGUCUCUGGGGACCUGCCUUGGACCGGGAUGACUUUGGGCCUCUCGGUGUUGGCCACGUGGUACUGGUGCACAGACCAGGUCAUCGUCCAGCGGUCCCUGUCGGCGAAGAACCUCAGCCACGCCAAGGCGGGCUCCAUCCUAGCCAGCUAUCUGAAGAUGCUGCCCAUGGUUCUCAUCAUUAUGCCGGGGAUGAUCAGCCGCAUCUUAUAUCCGGAUGACGUGGGCUGCGUGGACCCCAAAGAAUGCGCCCGGGUCUGUGGGGCUGAAGUGGGCUGCUCAAACAUUGCCUACCCGAAACUGGUGAUCGAACUCAUGCCCAGCGGCCUGAGGGGGUUAAUGAUUGCGGUCAUGAUGGCCGCCCUGAUGUCUUCGCUGACCUCCAUCUUCAACAGCAGCAGCGCCCUCUUCACCAUGGACAUCUGGGGGAAGAUCCGGCGGGACCCCCCUGAGAAGGAACUGCUUCUCGUUGGAAGGAUUGUCACGGUUGUCCUGGUGGCCGUCAGUGUGGUUUGGAUUCCCAUCCUCCAGAACUCCAACAGCGGGCAACUUUACAUCUACAUCCAGUCCGUGACCAGCUACUUGGCUCCGCCGGUCACAGCGGUCUUCCUGCUGGCUGUUUUCUGGACUCGAGCCAACGAACAGGGAGCGUUCUGGGGUUUAAUGGUGGGGCUAGUUGUUGGACUGAGCCGCCUGGCCUUGGAGUUUGCACACCCAGCGCCCAGCUGCGGCACCGCGGACAGACGACCUUCCCUGGUGAAGGAUAUCCAUUAUCUCCACUUUGCCAUCCUCCUUUGCCUUCUGACCGUCUUGGUGGUCGUUGGCAUCAGCUUGUUGACCAGACCUCCAGACGAAUCCCAGAUCAAAAAUAUGACAUGGUGGACUCUUCGCCGCCCCGAGGGUCCCCCUUUGCCCCGCCGGCCGGCCUCCAAAUCGCCGCCCACAAACGGCUUUUGUGGGUCAGAAGAAGACGAUUCCCAAGAAAACAGCCGUCCCUGCAAAAGCAUCUGCCCUGGGAUGUCUUGUGGACCCGGUUUCCUGAAAACAGAGCGACCCGCCCGGGAGGCUUCCCACGACAUGUCAGAAUCCUCCUCCUGGGCUCGGAUCUGUGCAGUCAACGCCAUCAUCCUCAUCGCUGUCAACAUCUUUUUCUACGCAUACUUUGCUUAAAAGACAUCUCUCUGUGAGUUGGUCCAGGAGGGCCAAAGCAUUGGGGAUGCUAG